GGCAGGCUCAGCAUAAAUACCAGGCUCCUCUCACCUACAGCCACAGCCCACCAGCUGCGCUCAGCAGACAUCAGGAUGAAGCUUCUCACCGGCCUCAUUUUCUGCUCCCUGGUCCUGGGAGUCAGCAGUAGAAGUUGGCUUGAUUUUAUUAGCGAGGCUUACCACGGGGCUGGGGACAUGUGGCGAGCCUACACUGACAUGAGGGAAGCCAACUGGAAACACUCAGACAAAUACUUCCAUGCUCGGGGAAACUAUGAUGCUGCCCAAAGGGGUCCUGGGGGAGUCUGGGUCGCUGAAUUCCUCAGUGAUGCAAGGGAGGGCAUUCAGAGUUUCAUGGGUCGUGGACACGAGGACUCCGAGGCUGACCAGAAAGCCAACAGAUGGGGCCGCAGCGGCAAGGAUCCCAAUCACUUCAGACCUGCGGGCCUACCUGACAAAUACUGAACAUCCUCCUUUGAGCCUCAGGAGGCUGUGCUGUGAGGCCUGGGGAUAGGUCAUGUGGAUCUUCGCCUUUUUGUCCAUCACGAGUGGGGAUAACCUAUAGUGUGUGUGUAAUAAAUUCAUAAGUGAUGAG